GCGGUUCUCGCGCCCGGCGCUGUGCGCAUGCCUGGGUUCCCGACGCCUCCCCAGGCCGCGGCGGUCGGGCUUCCCUAGCGGCGGGUGCGGCCCCGCCCCUCCUCCGGGCGGCAGCGGCGGCGGCGGCGGCGUGCGCGGCGGGCGGCCGUGGAGUCCGCCGAGUCCUAGCGUCUGGCCCUGCGCGGCGCUGCGGCGGGCCGGACCGACCGUCUCGCCGCAGGAUUAAUUUAUUUUUGGAAAUCAAGUGCAAUAUUAAAGGGAAAACAAACCACACUCCAUUAUUGGAAGCCAUUUCUGCUAAUUUUAUUACAUUUUAAAAUUUAUGAUUUGAUUUGAAUGCUGUCAUGGGAGGAGCUGUGAGUGCUGGGGAAGAUAAUGACGACUUAAUUGAUAACUUAAAAGAAGCUCAGUAUAUCCGCACUGAAAGAGUGGAGCAAGCCUUCAGAGCGAUUGAUCGCGGAGAUUACUAUUUGGAAGGCUACCGAGACAAUGCUUACAAAGACUUAGCCUGGAAGCAUGGGAACAUACACUUGUCAGCACCGUGCAUUUAUUCUGAAGUUAUGGAGGCGUUGAAACUUCAACCAGGAUUGUCUUUUCUUAACCUGGGAAGUGGAACCGGAUAUUUAAGUACAAUGGUGGGCUUAAUUUUAGGUCCUUUUGGAAUAAAUCAUGGGAUUGAGCUUCAUUCAGAUGUGGUGGAAUACGCCAAGGAAAAGCUGGAGAGCUUCAUCAAAAAUAGUGAUAGCUUUGAUAAAUUUGAGUUCUGUGAACCUGCAUUUGUGGUUGGUAAUUGCCUCCAGAUAGCAUCUGACAGUCAUCAGUAUGAUCGAAUUUACUGUGGAGCUGGUGUCCAGAAGGACCAUGAAAACUACAUGAAAAUACUACUGAAGGUCGGAGGCAUUCUGGUCAUGCCUAUAGAGGAUCAGUUAACACAAAUUAUGCGAACUGGACAAAACACUUGGGAAAGUAAAAAUAUCCUUGCUGUUUCAUUUGCUCCACUCGUGCAGCCAAGUAAGAAUGAUAAUGGCAAGCCAGAUUCUGUAGGACUCCCUCCCUGUGCUGUCAGGAACCUCCAAGACUUGGCUCGUAUUUACAUCCGACGUACACUUAGGAAUUUCAUAAACGAUGAGAUGCAGGCCAAGGGAAUUCCUCAGAGAGCUCCACCCAAAAGGAAAAGAAAGAGGGUUAAACAGAGAAUCAAUACUUACGUAUUUGUGGGUAACCAGCUUAUUCCUCAGCCUCUAGACAGUGAGGAAGAUGACAAAAUGGAAGAAGAUAAUAAAGAAGAGGAAGAGAAAGAUCACAGUGAAGUCGUGAAGCCAGAGGAGCCACCUCAGAAUUUACUGAGAGAAAAAAUCAUGAAACUCCCUCUCCCUGAAUCUUUAAAGGCUUACUUGACAUAUUUUAGAGAAAAAUAACUUAGAUCACGAAGAAAGAAUGCCUACUGAUAAUUCCUUUAGUCUUGAAAAUGUAGCAUUUGUUAGGAGUUAAACGAGAGCGAAUUCUCUCAACAGAGCGAAUUAUAGUGGAAAAAGAAUAACUUGUUUCUGUCUUAGUAAUAAAAAUGAUGUAUUCAGUAAUUAAAUCCCUUUUUAUAAAAUAUAUUUUUCUUUAAAUCUUGGAAAAAAUGCUGUUUUAACUCAGAGUGACUUCAAGAAUGAAAUGCAACAAUACUCGAGAUUUGGGUACUGUAAAUCCUUUUCUGAUUCCUUACGGAUUUGUAGUGGUAAAGCUCACGUUUCAUUUUAUAGAAGGUUACAUAACUGUUCAGCAUAUACUGGUUUUUGAACAGCAGUUGUUUUCAUUUCCUCUAUGAAAACAUUGUGAUCUGAUUUAGGAAAUCAGACGCUGUGUAGACCCACUUACCUUACUUUCGUUGCAGUCACUAUUGCUGAGUUGCUAUAGUAUUCCGGGCAAUCUAUGAGUGCAAUAACAAUACAGAUAUUGAAUAAUUUAGCUUUAAAAAAAAAAAGUUUCGUGGAACUCAGUAGCAUUGCUACUUUUGCUUUUGAACCUAUUGCCAAAAGACAUGGGAAAAUACCUGCUUCUCUCCUAGAGAUUUUAAGAGCACAUCAAGUGAAUGUUAAAUAAAAAGUAUAUACUUCAUACAGUUCUUAAUUUGUAUGGACCCUUUGCAUUUUCAGUAUUUAAAAAUAAUGAGGUUAUCUUACUCUCCGGAGUUUUAGAAGAUAGUAUGUUUGGGAUUGGGUUUUCUCUUAUCCACUGUAUAAAGUAUUUGGUUUUAAAAAGAUCCGCUGUUCUGUACGACAGUCGGUAACACAGGUAGGGAGUCAGCAUGAGUGCGACCCCUUUCUUGGGAUGCGCUCAGAGGCAGGAGCACUUUAGCAAAUGGAACUUCUGGUUCAUUUGAAUCUUUGUCUUUUACAAGGUAGGACUGGGCUAGCCUCCAGAAGAAGUUCAUCUUUGUAGUGUAUGAGAUGUUCACGGGAUUUGUAUGUUGAUGCCUCUUGCUUUGAAAAUCCAGUUCAGAAUCAUAGUGUAAUCUUUGGGACCUACGUUGUGCUCAUUUAACUUUCUCAUGGUGUGUGGGGUGGUUUUUUUUUUUUUUGGUAAAAUUAUAAUUAUCACUUUUUUCUUAAUAUCACACACUUAAACUAUCCAUCAUUUGAAUAUUAAUUAUAGCUUUCAGUGGUACAACAGUAAAUGCCAUUUUUGAUUUGUUCCUUUUCUUCCCACAAGGGCCUGAAAACAGCCAUUCCUUGUUAAGAAAGUACAGAAUGUAACAGACUUUCUACUUCAUGUUGCAUGGGAUUAUGUAUUUUUUAAAAGGAAAAUUUUGAGAGCUAUCGCUUAUUACCACCAGCAUCCCUAUUGCAGUAGUGUAUCAAAUAUGUGUAAUGAAACCCAACUGAUACAUAGUAAAAGGAUGAUUAUUAUCUCUCUUCAAAGAUUCAACUAUUAGUAAUCCAUAGUUUAAAAAAAAUCUCAGCUCUGGCAAUUCUACACAUUUAAAAAUGAGCAUUUGAAAUAUUCUGAGUAUGAAUUAUCUCGAGUAAAUGAGGGUAUUUUAGUAAUGGGGAAGAUAAUUUCAUGGAAGGUAUUGGUUUUAUACCAGGGGCUAGGGCCAGGUGAUCAGGGUUGGGGGUUGGGUGUUAUCUCCACAAUUUUUUUUUUCAGAUGAUUACUAAGCCAUUUACUGUUAAGAAAUGUCCCGUCUCAUUUCUAUCAAGGAAAAAGUUUUAUACAAUUAUUAUCUGUUAGGAAUGUUCACUUUAUUUUAAAUUAAAUGUUAGCUUUAGAGGUUUAGUACUGAGUUCCUGGUGCCCACCCACAUCUUUUUAUCCAGCACCUCCCCCUCCCCCCCAGCCAUGCCCUGUACACACUGUUGGUUUUGGAGCUGGUGUCCAGAUACGUACACAUACAUGUUCUUAAAUGACACUUUUACGAUUCAGAAGAGAGUUUUCGUUAAGGUUAUAUUUGAAGGUUGACUUGCUCAUGUGAUCUUUUAUUCUGUGGACCUUGGCAAAGUGUACAGCAGAUUUUCAUGGUCGUUACAUAUUUUUGUCAUUGAAAUGUAUCUUUUGUGUUUUUAAAUGCAUUCAUUCAUUUUACAGUUGUGACUUUAUUAUUGACUUUAAAUAAAGAAGUAGAAAUAAAAAAUGAAAAUUCAAGUGAAA